AUGGCUACAGCAAGUGACUUGCCAUUAAUUGAGCAGCCAUUUUUAUUUUUGGAAUUAUCUGCAGCAAGUGACUUGCCAUUUAUUGAGCAGCUGAUUGCUCAUACAAAAAGUGGACUACCACAACGGCAAGCUGCUGCAGGGAGGCAAGAUCAGGCCCCUUCUCAGCCCCCCUCCCCUUCUCAGUCCCCCUCCCCUUCCCAGUCCCCCUCCCCUUCCCAGUCCCCCUCAGCUUCCCAGUCCACCUCAGCUUCCCAGUCCCCCUCAGCUUCCCAGUCCCCCUCCCCUUCCCAGUCCCCUUCUCAGCCCACCUCUCCUUCUCCUUCUGUGCCCCCUUCUCCUCCUUCCCAGUCCCCUUCUCCUUCUCCUUCUGUGCCCCCUUCUCCUCCUUCCCAGUCCCCUUCUCCUUCUCCUUCCAACUCCCCUUCUCAGCCCCCCUCACCCUCUAUUGGCCAAACACUCUCUCCGCCCCCCUCGCCCUCUCAAUCAAACCCACCCUCUGAAAUAACAUCCCCAAUCCCUCCUCCUUCCCCCAUCCAGCCUCCUUCCCCCAUCCCUCCUCCUUCCCCCAUCCCUCCUCCUUCCCCAAUCCCUCCUCCUUCCCCCAUCCAGCCUCCUUCCCCCAUCCAGCCUCCUUCCCCCAUCCAGCCGCCUUCCCCACCCAGUGAAUGGGCAGAAGAAGCCCCUGAAGGAAUUAGUGGGGUUCAUCAUGUUGCAGAGGAAAAUGCUGCAGUUGGAGAUCCCACCAGUUUGCCUGCACUUUUAUUACGCCUAAAAGCCAAUUUAAGGGCUGUAAUUGCCGACAUAGAGGCAAUCGAAAAUUUGUUAUAA